AUGGAAGCGGAGAUAAGCGCGUACCAAGAAGCUAACCGAACCGGAUUCUUGACCCGGUUGGACGUCGGUCCGCAAGCGUUUAUUACGUCGUCACGAGCAAGAGCGAACAAUCAAGCGGAUUGGCCAGACUACCAAAUUGUUUUUGCGCAACAUGGCUUAAUCCACGAUGGCACGACCAGGGUUCCACUGGCGCUUCAGAUCAUUCUAAAUCGGGCCGAAUCCGUGGGCGAGAUCGGCUUCAAUUCCACAAAUUAUGCAAAUGGGGAGAGAAGCGAUGUCAAUUUGGCACUUAUCGAUUUCAAACUCUUUACCGUACUUUCCGACAUGGAAGUUAUGAUUGAAGGGAUAAAACUUGGCCUGCAAGUUAUGGAGAACACUACCUCCUUCCAAGCAAUGGAUGUGGCGUACACGGAAAGCAUUCCUGAGGCUUGUAGAUUAGUCCCCUACCGAUCUAACCAGUACUGGAUGUGCUACGUACAUCAACGUGGCUACUCAUGGCUCCAUAUCGUUGGAACUUGCGCAAUGGGGCUUCCCGGAAAUCCCAUGACCGUCGUAGACUAUCAGUAUAAGGUCUUAGGAAUUGCUGGGCUGCGUGCCAUUGACGGCAGUGUGAUGCCAAGGACGACCAAUGCCAAUUUGAAUGGAGGAGUCAUAUUAACAGCGGAAAAGGGGGCGCAAGCGAUCCUGGCGGAAUACAGUGACACAUAG